UCCUCCCGCACGAGUUCGCCGUCAAUCUGUGCGCAAUAACGCAAUCACGCCAGCCAACAUGAUCAAUCCAGCACUCUAUCCGGUUGAUGGAGAUUCAAAUGCGAUGGAGCACGCCGUGACGGCAGGGUGGAUGCGCGAUCAAUGUUCGAUGGAGACACGAGAUGGUGGCUGCAUGGGAACAUGGAAGCUUCAUCCCUCACUCACGCACAGCAUCUCACUCACCCGACGGCGUCCAUCAUCCUCCUCAUCGCCACUCAUCUCUCUUUCCAAUGUAUACCGGUGGCACAACACCAGCCAACAAGACCGACAACGCGAAAUCUUCCUUCCGAUGCCUGCCGAGAUUGGAACGGGGACAUCAGGCCCAUGCUCAUCCAUGCCAUGCGAGCACCCACGCGCAGUAUGCAUUGGAAGUUAUCGAAGUCUCGAAGCCUUUUUCUCUCCGGGGAGCAAUGGAGAGUGUCUGACUGAAAGGAGCCUGCCGCUCACAUGACCGUCUCAGCCUCUACCCUACAGUACGCAUCGCAUUAGCUGUUGACUCCUGCUGCACCCUUCGCUGCCUCAUCACCUUCGCUUCCGCCUCAAGCGAGAGACUGCUGAGGGGCGACGCGUUCCCAUGUAUUUUUGCGACUCUCACUCAGCGAGCCCAUCAUCAUAGCCAUCAUCAUCAUCAUCAUCAUCAUCGGCGGUGCUGAUGGCUGACCAAAACCCGUCAAAGUAACCUGAUGCAUCCAUCCCCGAACCAACCUCCCAGUGUUCCAAAUCCGUCCGUCUGAGAGUUUGAUUUCAGGGCUGGCUCAUAUUACCCAAUACACUAUGAUGGCCUCCAAGGUCUUCCCGAGCCGCCUCGCGCACCCUCCUCUCCUUUGCUUACAUGGUACAUGUAAUAAGCCAGCCGGUUCGCACAUCGCCUACGGCUUCUACCAACUAUGUGUAACACACAUUCAUUCCAGAGUGACCACGUCCACCUGAAGUUCUCGACUCGCCUCGCCUAAACCGCAAGCCCUACCUCUGAAGUUUGUAACCAACCCCCAGCCCUGCCGCCAAUCAAUCCGACGGUGGCGUUAUUACCGGUGUGCGUGCGUGCGUCCAUCGCUCUCCUCUCCCCCAACUCUCCGACGUCUAGUCCUGACCUCUAACCUCUAACCUCUAACCACUUACCUUGCCUUUCCACCCUUCUUCCCUCUCUCCCAAUCCUCGGUACCCACCCAUCCAUCCAUAUAUAGAUAUUACCCGCAAAUCUUAAAAAACAACAACAAAUAUAUAUAUAAAUCUCAACCGCACGUCAUUGAUCCCAAACUAGAAUUCCCCGUACUUUCCACCCUUCAAAAAUAAAAUGAAAUGUCGUCAUACAAAACCCUCCCUUUUCCUCUUGUUCUUUUUGGUGUUUUGUUUUUUUUCUCUUCACCGGGUUUUCUGAGCGAUGCGUGCGUGCGUGCGUGCUUGUUUGGGACAUGCAAUGCAUGCGCGUGCCAUGCAGGUACCCCCAUCGCUUAACCAAACAUGAAAAAGUAUAUACCGUGCCUAAAGCGACGACCGACUCAAAAACUUUAUACAUCUUCAUCGCCAUCACUGGAUGCAGCGGCAACCAGCGCCGCGAAAACCUUAAUUGCCAUGCCAUGCCUCAGGCCACACCGCCCGCUC